UAGUAGCUCAAAUCAAAUAAGCUCGAGUCAUGUACAAGUAUAAGGGGGUCACUCAUAAGAGCUUGGAAGCAUAUGAUCUUUAGUUAGAGCAUUGGCAAUGAGUGCUCGUUAUUGUUUCUUCCGCAAAUUGUCGACGAUCAAUCACCUAAAACCCAAUUCCCCGCCAAUUCAAUAUCCUAAAUUUACCCGCCAAAACGUAAUUCUCACAGAGGAAUUGUGUAACGAACUUUUGGAUUCAUACCCAGACCCCAAAACCUUGAAACGACUUCAUACCAAGAUCUUAACCCGCCAAAAUCUUCAUUCAAACCCUGGCGUUUCACUCAAAUUAAUAAGGGCAUACGCUAAUUUGGGUUUAUUGCGCAUUGCACGCAAUCUGUUCGAUGAAAUUCCUGAAAGAAAUGUUAUAUUUUUCAAUGUAAUGAUUAGGAGUUAUGUAACCCAUCAAUAUUACCCAGAUGCUUUGCAGGUGCUUAAGGGUAUGUUUAGUGUUGGAGUGACACCUGAUCAUUAUACUUACCCGUGUGUGUUGAAAGCAUGUUCUGGGUCAGAGAAUUUGUGGGUUGGUAUGCAAAUUCAUGCUGCAGUAUAUAAAGUUGGGCUUAAUUUGAAUCUAUUUAUUGGGAAUGGAUUAGUUGCUAUGUAUGGGAAGUGCGAUUGUUUGAUGGAUGCUAGGAGAGUUCUUGAUCGAAUGCCGGUUAGAGACGUUGUGUCUUGGAACUCGAUGGUUGCUGGUUAUGCACAAAAGGGACAUUUCGAUGAUGCCUUGAAUGUUUGUAGAGAGAUGGAGUCCAUGAAAGUGAAUGCGGAUGCUGGCACUAUGGCAAGUUUACUUCCAGCUGUUACCAAUACUUCUAAUGAGAAUGUUAUAUUUGUGAAGAACAUGUUUCACAAGAUGGUUAAGAAGCGUCUCGUAUCUUGGAAUGUGAUGAUAGCUGUGUAUGUGAAUAACUCCAUGGCUGCAGAAGCUAUCGACAUUUAUUCACGAUUAGAAGCUAGUGGAAUUGAUCCAGAUGCGGUUACCUUUACGAGUAUUCUUCCUGCUUGUGGAGAUCUUUCUGCUAUUUCACUUGGAAGGAAGAUUCACAAACUAGCUGAAAAGAAGUGGCUUUUCCCUAAUUUGCCUGUGGAGAACGCGUUAAUAGAUAUGUAUGCUAAGUGUGGUUGUCUAAGAGAAGCAAGGGAAGUGUUCGAUAGUAUGCGAAUACGAGACAUAGUUUCUUGGACUUCUAUGCUUUCUGCUUAUGGUGUUAGUGGAAAAGGCCAUGAAGCUGUUGCACUUUUCUCUAGAAUGAAAGAGUCGGGCUUGGUUCCCGACUCCGUUGCGUUUGUUGCGGUCAUGUCAGCUUGUAGUCACUCAGGAAUGUUGGAAGAAGGGAAACACUACUAUAAACUAAUGACCGAUAAAUACAAAAUAACCCCGCGAUUGGAGCAUUAUUGUUGCAUGGUUGAUCUGUUAGGACGUAUUGGGAGAGUGGAUGAGGCUUUCUCGUUCAUGAAGGAGAUGCCAAUUGAGCCAAACGAAAGAGUUUGGGGCGCUUUUUUAGGUGCUUGUCGUGUUCAUUCCAAUAUGAAUCUUGGGUUGAUAGCUGCUGACCGUCUAUUUCAAAUGGCUCCCGAUCAGGCUGGAUAUUAUGUGUUGAUGUCUAACAUUUACGCCAAAGCAGGAAAAUGGAAAGAAGUUAGCAUGGUUAGAUCAUUAAUGAAGAGCAAAGGUAUGAACAAAACACCCGGCAUUAGUAAUGUAGAGCACAAAGGUCGGGUGUACACAUUCCUUGCAGGUGAUAGAUCGCAUCCACAGUCUAACGAGAUUUAUGAUAAGUUGCACGCGUUAAUUGGGAAAAUGAAAGAGGACGGUUAUGUUCCUGAAACAGAUUUUGCUCUUCAUGAUAUAGAGGACGAGGAUAAAGAAGAUCAUCUUCGAGUUCACAGUGAAAAAUUGGCUAUUGUGUUUGCCCUUAUAAAUACUCGGCCUCCAACACCAAUAAGGAUUACGAAGAAUCUUCGUAUUUGUGGAGAUUGUCAUGUUGCGAUCAAGCUCAUCUCUAAGAUUACUAACCGGGAAGUAAUCGUCAGAGAUACGAAUAGAUUUCAUAUGUUUAAGAAUGGUGUUUGUUCAUGUGGGGAUUAUUGGUGACUGCAGGUGAAUAUGAACUAGAAGGGCAUUUGACAAGAGGGAAAGUUUUGGUGUUUCCAAACAGAUGAAUACAUGGCAAGAUCAGGCGGAUCCUCCUCCAGCCACAUUCAUCUAUUUCUCUUGCGUGCCUACCCUGAUAAAUUUGGACUUGUACACAAGACCCAUACAAGAGGAGAAUUGACUGCACACAAAUCCGAUGGUGUUUCAUCCUAAAACCAAUUGGUAUUAAAGGAGUAGUGUUGAAAUAUAGUGACUCGAACAAGUCAUUAUAUGGGAAAUGGAUAACGCAGUUCGCCAGGCAGAGGGAGGUCCGCGGGGCGCGGAGAACCUAUUGUCCUAGUCCGCGGGGCGCGGAGUGGUUUUGUCUCCGUUUCGCGGCUUGCGUAGUUUUACACGGCUCGCGUAAUGGCGGUUUCUUGGCACGUUUUUUGGCCGGUUACUCUUAAUUUUUGAAGGUUUCUUUUGUAUUUUCUUAACCCUAAUUUCUUUUUAUUAUGAGGUAUACUAUAUAAAGGCCCCAUGUAAUUAGAAUUAGAACAGGAUGCAAUGCAAAACACAAAGUGAGGAAAACUAAGAGAGAAAAAGCUUGGAGAGCCAUUGUUGUGGUUUCUCGUGUUCAUCUUGUAAUCUCCCAGUUUAUAGUGAAAAGUUUAUUCUCGAUGCCGGUGGAUGUAGCUAUCACGUUGAUAGUAAACCACGUUAAUUUCUCGGUGUGAUUUUCUUUAUUGUUUGUUUGAACCUUUAUUGUUUCAUUAUUAUUUUUCGAUCUUUGCUUCCGCUGUUGAACAACAAGUAGCC